AGAUAUUUCUCCUAUCUUGGAAAAUCGUAGCCCCCUGAAUUCCCUGGCCCCCAGGAUAAAGACGGCCUGUUGUUUCCUCCUCCGAUUCCUUGUCCUUUCUCGAGACUUACUCCCGCCGGAAGGCCAACCCUUUCUCCGCCUGCCCCUCCGAGUCCGAGCAUUGCUCGAACGGACCCCCGACCCUCCGGUCUGUGAGAUGCCCAAGGAAAGCUCCAAGCUGAACCGCUGGUCCAUGGCCCGGUCCAUCCGCUCGGGCCGGCCGCUACGUUGGUCGGCCUUCCGGAAGAAGGUCGGCGCUUCCCCUUCCUCCUCGUCCCUUUCCUCGUCUAACGUGGACGAGAUCCCACCCUCCAUCUCGGACGAUUUCGAGGAUAGCGGCGAGCUCGCGGCGGGGAAGGCCAUCUACAUGGUCUCCGACGGCACCGGCUGGACGGCGGAGCACUCCGUCAGCGCAGCGUUAGGGCAGUUCGAAUAUUGCCUCCACAACCGGCGCCGCCCCGUAAAUACUCACCUCUUUUCAGGGGUUCAAGAUAUGGAUAGACUGAUGGAGAUCAUAAAGCAAGCUGGUACAGAAGGUGCACUGCUACUCUACACCUUAGCAGAUCCUUUGGCGGCCAAGGCUGUAGAGCAGGCUUGCAAAAUCUGGGGUGUACCAUCCACUGACAUACUACGACCAACCACUGAGGCUAUUGCUUCUCAUUUUGGUGUUGCCCCCUCUGGGAUCCCCCGAGGUGCUCCAGGUCGAAAAUCUCCGAUAACUGAAGAGUUCUUACGGCGUAAUGAGGCCGUUGCUUUCACCAUCAAACAAGAUGAUGGGGCACGGCCUCAAAACCUUAACCGUGCACAAAUUGUUCUUGUUGGUGUUUCACGCACUGGGAAAACACCCUUGUCGAUAUAUUUAGCUCAAAAGGGCUACAAGGUGGCAAAUGUUCCCAUGGUGAUUGGUUCGGAGUUGCCAAAGACCCUUUUUGAAAUCGAUCAGGAGAAGGUGUUUGGAUUGACGAUCAAUCCAGCUGUUCUGCAGUCUAUUAGGAAUGCCAGGACUAAGAGUCUAAAACUUGAAAGCGAAAUGAGGAACAAUUAUUCAGAGAUGGACCAUGUGAGGAAGGAGUUGGAGUAUGCAAAUAGAAUUUUCAUGCAAAACCCAGAGUGGCCAGUAAUUGAUAUAACUGGACGAGCAAUUGAAGAAACUGCAGCAAUUGUGGUGAGGAUGUACCAUGACAGGAAGCAAAAAUGUGCAUUGCCAUGCAUUUCCAAACAAUACUAGAAUGAAGUCUGUAAAUAUUUGUAGGCCCUGUAAAUAUGUAUGCCUCCAUUGGGUUGUAUGUCAAAGCUUCAAAAGCUUUGGAAAGAUAUGUGCCGUGAAGUGGAGGCUGAGUUUUCCUUGAUCUCAUGGAUAUGUUGUUUUACCCUCUUUUUUUUUUUUUCCAAUUUUGCUAUUAAAAAUGUUAUGAAAACAAUAUAUAUGAGGAAGUGUUUUAUUUAUAAAAGCAUUGGUCACAUUCUGUUA